AUGUCUUUUCCUUUUCUUUUUUCUAUGGGGAAGGAACUUCUCAUUUCAUUUUCUGAUCCUGGUGAAGGCAAAUUCUUUUCUUUUCCUUUGCUUUUUCUGGUAAUUUUAUUUUAUUUUUCUGGUGGGGCAAUUUCCUUUCUUUUUCAUUUUCUGGGGGAGUCUGUUUCUUUUUGUUUUCUUUUUCUGAUGAAGGCAUUUAUUUCCUUUUUCUGCGGAGAGAUUUCUUACAAUUUCACUUCCUUUCUUUUUCUCGUAGAGGCAAUUUCUUUUCUUUUUCUGUUGAAGGCAAUUUCUUUUUUUUCUGUUGAAGGCAAUUUCUUUUUCUUUUGUUUUUCUGAUGAAGAUACUUUCUUCUUCUUUUCCUUUCUUUUUUCUAGAGAAAGCAAUUUGCAAUUUCUUUCAAUUUUUCUUUUUCUGGUGAAGUCAAUUUAUUUUCCUUCUUCUUUUCUUCAUCUGUUGAAGGAAAUUUCUUUUCCUUUUCUGGUUAAGGCUAUUUCUUUUCCUUUUUUUCUGGUGAAAGCAAUUUCUUUCCUAUUCUUUUUCCUCACUGGUGAAGGCAAUUUCCUCACUAUGAAGACAAUUUCCUUUCUUUUUCCUUUCCUUAUUCUAGUGAAGGCAAUUGCUUGUCACUUUCCUGUCUUUUUUUCUGAUGAAGAAUAUUACUUUUCCUUCUCUGACCGCAAUUUCUUUACAUUUUAUUUUUAUGUUGAAGAUAAUUUCUUUUCCUUUUCUUUUUCUUGGGAAGUAAAUUUCUUUUCUUUGUUUUUUACUUUAUCUCUAAAGGCAAUUUCUUUUGAUUUUCAUUUUCUUUUUUCUGGUGGAUGCAAUUUCUUUUUCUAUUCUUUUUUUCUGGUAAACACAAUUUCUUUUCCUUUUCUUUUUCUUGUAAUUUACUUUUCUUUUUCUGGUGAAGGUAAUUUGUUGUCAAUUUCCUUCGCUUUUUCUGGUGAAGCCAAUUUAUUUUCUUUUUCUCGUGAAGUCAAUUUAUUUUCUUUCUUUUUAUGCAAUUUCUUUUUCUUUACUUUCCCUGCUGAAGCCAAUUUCUUUUACAUUACUUUUUCUGGGGAAGCCAAUUUCUUUUCUCUUUACUUUUCAUUAUCUGGUGAAGUCAAUUACUUUUCCUUUUCCUUUAUUUUGGCGAAUAAAAUCUUUUGUUUUUUCUUCUUUUUCUGUGAAUAUUUCCCUCACGAUAUCAUUAUCUAUCUAUCUAUCUAUCUAUCUAUCUAUCUGCAUUACAUUUUGAUAUUAUUCAUCGAUAAAUAUGUUAAAAUAAAAUCACUGUUCACAGGCCCAAACAACUCUCUCUCUCUCUCUUGCAAUGAUGUGUUUAUCAAAAGACUUCACACUAAAUCUUUGCCGCCCAAUGUAUGCGCCUCUUUGUCUUUUUUCUUAUCAUUUCUCUCCCCCCCUCUCUCUCUCUCUCUCUCUCUCUCUCGUAUCUACCUAAUUCACUCUCACUCUCUCUUUAAGUGA